AUGUCUUUCGCCAGGGCUGCUUCCCUGCGUUCCGCCCUCCGAUCCUCGGCGCGCCGGACGAUCCGUCCCCAGUUCCGUUCCCAGGUCGGCCAGAGGACCUACGCCAGCCAACAUGGCGCGAAGCCCCAAAGCGAGCUCCCUCUUGCCAUUGGCUCAGUAGUCUUCUUCGCCGCCGGUCUGGCCGUCAUCCAGCCGUGGAGCGGUCCCGCGCCGUCCAAGGGCCAUGGCGCCGCUCAUGCUAAGCAUGACGAGGAGGAGAAGCACGAUGAGCCUGAGGAGAAGGAGGAUAAGGAGGAGAAGGAAGAGGAGUCCAAGUCUGAGGAAAAGGAAGAGUCCAAGUCUGAGGACAAGGAGGAAGACAAGUCCGAGGAGAAGAAGGACAACAAGUCUGAGGAGAAGUCAGAGGAUAAGAAGGAAGACAAGUCCGAGAAGCCUAAGGAUGAGAAGAAGGAGGAAAAGUCUGAGGACAAGCCUAAGGAGGAGUCCAAGGACGAGAAGAAGGGUGAGGAGAAGGAAGAGAAGUCUGACGAUAAGAAGGAGAAGUCUGAGGGAAAGAAGGAAGAGAAGUCAGAGGACAAGAAGGCGAAGUCUGACGAUAAGAAGGAGGAGAAGUCCGAAGACAAGAAGGAAGAGAAGUCUGACGACAAGAAGGAAGACAAGUCCGAGGAGAAGAAGGAAGACUCCAAGGAUGAGAAGAAGGACGAGAAGGAGGACAACUAA